AUGAGCACACCAGCGGACGACGAAAGGAGAGUGUUGAAUGCAAUUGGUCAGUAUUUGCUCGGGGAAGAAUACACAAUGAACGCCCCUUCCACUGCCGCUCCGGAGGAACAGCAAGCUUCUGAAGAAAGCGAGCCAAGCUUGGGUUCAGAGGGAACUGAAAACAGAAAUAAAGAGGGAGAGAAACAUUAUAGGGGAGUGAGGUUCGUUAAGGCUCGCGGUAAAUAUAGUGCAGAGAUGCGAAACCCAGAGUACAAGGGUUCCAGACUUUGGCUUGGCAGCUAUGACACAACAGAAGCGGCCGCAGCGGCAUAUGACCGUAAGGCUUUCGAAAUCCGCGGUUCAAGGGCUAUCCUCAAUUUCCCUCUAAACGUUGAGUCCGGACAGUAUGUGGAUCCGUUUUCUCAACCCUCCUCUCCACACACUCCGUCUAACAUAUCGAAGAAAUGGAAGACACAAGAGAAAGAUGAAGGUCAAUCUUCCCAAGAACUGGGUUCAGAUUAA